CGUGUUUUUCCUUUCAGGGUCCUUCUGAAUUUGGAGGAGAGCCAGGAGUCACGGGGUGCCAGACCUGGUGAGCCAGAUCGAGGUGGGCCCGCAGCUGUCCCUGGGACCUCUCCCAUCCCGCAGCUCUCCUAGGCAGGCCAGCCUUUUGGUGACCUGCAACCCACGGCUGCUAGAGCGGGCACUUUGCGCAGCGUGGCCAGGCCCUGCUGAUCACCAUGGCAGCUAGGAAGGGGGCUCCCCUGAGCCCUUCAGACGCAAACAGACGGCAACUGAGUGAACCCGAGCAGGGCCAGGGCUGCAAGCCGGUGCUGCUGGAGAAAACGAACUGCCUGGGCUCCGAGGCUGCCACCGGCAGGGGUGCCCGGGAUGUGGCCUGGGCUGAGCUGGCUGUGACACCCUCAGCAGGAAAACCCAGACCAGGCAAACCGCUGCCCCAGAAGGCUUGCAAGGAGGAGGGGCUGAGUGCCUUUAAGGAUCUGCAGAGGCCACAGGAGAGGAUGGGGGACAGCCAAGCCCAGGACAGGGAGCGCGAGGAGCCCGCAGGCCAUCCUGGACCCCCGCAGCUGAGCCCGGAUGUCCCCAGAGCUCCAGCUUGCUGUGCGUGGCCUGGUGCAGCCCGAGGGGAGCAGAGAAGCACCUUCAGCAAGCCCACCAAGCGCCCAGCGGAGAGGCCAGUCUUCCAAGCCACCCUGGGCGAGCUGUCUGGACUCCUCCACGCUGUGGAUGUCCCCUGUUGGAGUCGACUGUCCGUGUCCAAGCUGGUGGUGGGUGACCUCUGGAACUUGCAAACGGUGUCACAGAACACUCUGCUCUGCAGUGCUUUCCAUGGGGCUUCCGCCCUGUGGCUGGAGCCUGCCCAGGCUCCCCCGGGGAGCCCCGUACCCUCUGCAUCACGCUCACUGCCCUCGAGAGCCGUCCUGUCACCCAUGCUUGCCUCCCUGGGCUUGUCCACCCAGAACUGGUGCGCUCGGUGCAGCCGCUCCUUCCGCCUGACCUCCGACCUGGUCUUCCACAUGCGCUCCCACCACAAGGAGCGCGCGGGGCCGGACCCCCAUCCUAAGCCACGAAGGCAAGAGGCCCUCACCUGCCCCGUCUGCCAUGAGUACUUCAGGGAGCGCCACCAUCUUUCAAGGCACAUGAUUUCGCACAGUUAGCUGUGGGCAGGGCGCAAGACCCUGGGUACAGCGUCCAGCGGUGACUGAGGUGGCUCCUGGCCCGCCUGGAGACAUGCCGGGUCUGGGACCUCUGUGCUCUUUGGCAUCUGUGGACAAACAGCCUGGUCCUAGCAGCAAAAGAACAGCUGAGCCCUUGUGAGCUGCUCAGCAGGAAAUGAAGCUGUGAAAUGAAGGGGUGCACUCUGCUCCCCUGGGCUAGCGGGGCCCGGGCACUGCUACAGCUCUGCUCCUUUUGCUCUGCACGGAGAGGACAGAGGCCCAGCAUGGGCCAUGUAGGUGGUCAAGUCUGCGUUCACCUUGGAGCCUCAGUUUCCUCUUCUGUUCAGCAGAAGUGAGCAUGUCUGAGUGACACCGCAGGUGCGUGGACGUGGCUGCUUGCUGCCCGGCACACCGUGGGCACCGAGGGCAGGUCUGUGGUUGCUGUCUGGGCUCAUCAGUCCUGUCAUCCAGGAAGUCUCAGGGGCACUCGAACCCAUGCAUGCAGGUGUUUCUUGGCUGUGGGUCUGGGAUGAGGCCAGGUGAGCAGGUCUGGCCAGCUGUGGCCGCCCCCGGCAGGUUGAAUCAGGUUCAGGCUGUGUCUCUGCUGGAUGCACCAGCGUGCUGAGCAAGCCUUGCUGGAAGUGAUGCCAGGAGGAACCUGGACCAGCAUUCAGCCUGCCACCCGCUUGGGGCCUGCAAAUAGUGGGAGUAGUGUGCCCUGUGCAGACAGAGGCAGCCGCUGAGCCUGCUGUCCCGUCCCUUCUCAGCCGUGCAUGGCGCUGGUACCCAAUGCUCACCUUACUGCAGCAGAAGCCAAGCUCAGAGAGUCACAGCUUCCUCGGGCCGGUGCUCAGGAGCAAGGGUGCAAGAACAGGACCCGGGCCCCGGCUCUGAGCUCCUGUCCUUCCCUGCCUGCCACGUGUGUGCAGCAUGGCUCUACAGGGACAAGGGACUUCCUGGGCGACCAGAGAACCGGAACACAGGGGCGGGCCUGCCUCAGACUCCAUCUGAAUCUUGCUGCUCCUACACGCAUGCACGUGCACGCACAGGCACACAGGGACAUGCACGCAUAUGCACGCAUGCACGUGCACGCACAGGCACGCAUGCGCACGCACGCACGCAUGCACACGCACGCACAGGCACGCAUGCACACGCACGCACACACACCUACCACUCUUCAGAGCAGUUUCUCUAUGUAAGAUGCUAAGUGCUCUACUGAUUUGGCUUCUGUAUUAUGGCUCCGGCCUCUAGAACUAAAGCCCGGGAGGAAACUGCUGUUUUGGGGACCUGCUGCGCCUCCGUUGUCUAGAACAGGGCAGGCAUAAAGCAGGCGUUCGAUGCGGGAGCGAAUGAAUGCGAAGCCUGGCUCUGGCCUUGCUCUCCGGGGAUCUCGGUACCUGCAAAGGUGCGCAGCCCUGUCCCUCCCUGGCUGACGGCACCGGGCCUGGCUGCUGUGAAGUCUUCUCAGAUGGGGAUGCUUAGAACGGAAAAGGACUUUAGAGCACCCUCACUUUAUACCGGUGGCCCUGGAGGUCCACACCCUGCCCACGUGCCCAGUAUGAAAGGGCACGUGGAGGUGAGGUCAAGGUUAGGACCCCGGAGGCGUCUGGUCCAGGAGUCACCCCUGCCCCACCUGCAGCUCCAGAACCGCGGUUGGACCAGGCGCUCGCUUGCAGGACUAGAAUGGCCUCGGUGCCGCCGCUCCUGGAAACCAAUUCUACCAUUCACAAGUGGGACGGGCGAUGCUUUGAAGGCAUAAGUAACAUCAUCUUCCAGCUCAGCUCUUUAAGAUGGAUGGAGUUAAUUUUAUUAAAAGCCAGCUUCUGCGAUGCAGUUAAUCUUGGCAUCACAGGCUGCGUUUCCAGGGCCCCUUCAUGACUCAGUUUCUCUAUCGUUUCUUCUUCUGUGUCUCCAGUACUGUCAUAAAGUUACUUUAAACCAUGGUUGCCCCGGCUCUGUCUGCCACUGCUAUGGUCUGGACGUGUGUGUCCUCCUGGAUAACAUCACGAGGUCUCUCCGUGCUAACUGGUUAUCUCCAUCUGUAGGAGGGGGAGCCUAGUGAAAGAUCCCUAGGUCUUUGGGGUCACCCCCUCAGGGAUUGCAGAACCUUCUUCUCCUCCUGUCUCUUCCUUCCACUCUUGCUAGCUGCCACCUCAUUAAUCACAGGGUCACCCAGUCUUGGGUUAGAAACUUUAAAUGGUGAGCUGAAUAAACCUUUCCUCCUUAUAA